CCACGGUCCUGUUCCUCCUCCAGCUGCCGCCCGACCCGGGCUUCCCGGACCCGAACACCCACGCCCCGGGGCGGAGCGGCACAGGUGCCGCGGCCGAGCCUAGUGGCCUCAUCGUCAAGAUGGCCGCCGCGCGCCGCCGCCCGCCGGCCUGGGCUCUGCUGUUGCGCGCCGCGCUCUGCCUGCUGUGCUGGGCCCCGGUGGCCGUGCGCGCCGUCCCCGAGCCUGGGCUCUGGACAAUGACGGUCAGCGACAAAUCAGGGCCUUUGAUAUUUAGGAAAAUUAUGUUUAACUCAACUGAUAUCAAGUUUUCUGUUAAGUCAUUCCAUUGUUCCGGGCCUGUGAAGUUUACCAUAGAGUGGCAUUUGAAGCACUAUACCUGUCAAAAUGAAUAUUCUCAGCUGGAUGAGCUGUCACAAAAGCAUGAAAAUGUCGGUGAAGACUUUUGUGGUAGUUAUUUCAAGAACGUCGAGUGUUGGACCACAAAAAAUGAAAACUUAGAUUGCAACAGUAACCUACAGGUGUUUCCCUCAGUAUACAAUAAAGAACUAGUUACAAAUAUCAGAAAUGUUUCAAACCAGGAAGAAUCAAUGGAUGUUGUUGCAAGAACACAGAGGGAUGGGUUUCAUCUCCUUAUCGUUUCAUUUAAAACAGAAGAAACCAAUGCAAACUGGAAUUUGAAUGUUUCUGUUUCAAUGAUGGGACCCAAAGGAUAUCUCUCUGCAUCAGAUUGGCCUCUCAUGAUUUUUUACAUGGUGAUGUGCAUUGUCUAUAUUUUUUAUGGUGUGCUCUGGCUGAUGUGGUCUGCCCGUUAUUGGAAGGAUAUAUUAAGAAUCCAGUUCUGGAUUGCAGCUGUCAUUUUCUUGGGAAUGCUUGAAAAAGCAGUUUUUUAUGCUGAAUACCAAAACAUCAACAGCACUGGGCUGUCGACCCAAGGGUUGUUGAUAUUUGCCGAGCUGAUAUCUGCGGUCAAGAGGACGCUGGCCCGCCUCCUGGUGAUCAUCACGAGCCUGGGGUACGGCAUCGUGAAACCUCGCUUAGGGACAGUCAUGCACCGGGUGAUCGGACUGGGGCUUUUCUACUUCAUCUUCGCGGUGGUCGAAGGCGUGAUGAGAGUCAUCGGGGGUUCUAACCAUUUAGCUGUUCUUUUUGGUGACAUAAUUUUAGCAAUUAUCGACUCCGUUUUUGUGUGGUUCAUUUUUAUAAGUUUAGCACAAACUAUGAAGACUCUGAGGCUAAGGAAGAACAUGGUGAAAUUUUCUUUAUAUAGGCACUUUACAAAUACUCUGAUCUUUGCGGUUCUGGCUUCUGUAGUGUUUAUGGUGUGGACAACUAAGACAUUUAGAUUUGCAAAAUGUCGAUCAGACUGGAUGGAAAGUUGGGUUGAUGGUGCGUUUUGGAGCUUCCUUUUUUCACUUAUCCUCAUUGUAAUAAUGUUUUUGUGGAGACCGUCAGCAAAUAAUCAAAGGUAUGCCUUCAUGCCCUUAAUAGAUGACUCUGAUGAUGAAGUUGAAGAAUUUACAGUAACAUCGGAAAAUUUAACUGAAGGAAUAAAAUUAAGAACUUCAAAAACCAUUUCCAAUGGAACAGCCAAACCCGCUACUUCUGAUAACUUUGAUGAAGACUUGAAGUGGGUGGAAGAAAAUAUUCCCUCCUCAUUCACAGACGUAGCCCUUCCAGUGCUAGUAGAUUCAGAUGAGGAAAUCAUGACCAGAUCUGAAAUGGCAGAAAAAAUGUUCUCUUCAGAAAAAAUAAUGUGAUUGGAACCAUAUGCAUGAAACCUAGUUAUCAGUGAAGGACUCCCCAAGGCUCAAAGAAGUCACGCAAGAAGUUCUUAAUACAUCAUUAUCUUGAAAUCUGUGUAUUAAAAUUAGGAAUUCAAGUGGUGGGUGGGUUCUACACCUUUUUUAAGCAGCUCUCGAAUGCCAGUUCCUGCCCUUUAAAUUGCUUGGACUUAGAAAUAAUGUGAGAAAAGUAUUAUGGUCAAUAUAUGCCCAAAUGACCGGAGCUAGUGAGUGGCAGACACGUGGAUUGGGUUGUAUCUUUUUCCUGGAAAAUAUGGCACUUCCAGAUUUAAACUGUUUUCGUUUGUUUGUUCUUAACAUAAACACUUCUACUGUUCUUCCAAUGACCUUAGAGGUAGAUGAAGCGCGGUCAGACACUUGCCUCCAUCUCCUGGGUUUUUAGUUAGCUGGGUGCAAUAAGAAUUUCCUUUAACUUUGUACUGAAACAGUUUGGUAGUAAGUGACAUUUGGUUUACAUUGGAACAUAGGACAUUUACAUGGGCUGUCGUGUGAGUGCACAUGUUUGCACAAGGACUUGGUUUCAUUAUUACCGUGGUGCACGUCACGUCACGUCACAUCAUGGACAUCUUCUCUCCUGGAGCUCAGUGGACAAGUAUAUGGAGAGAGAGGUCUUAAGGGUCACUUCCAAAGAUUCGCUCUGCCCCUGUCCCCUCACUCAGGCUGUAUGUGCAUGUGCUGCUGCUGAACCUGCCUGGGGCAGGCGGGGGACCCCUGGCCGCGUGGCUCCCCACAGCGCCCCCUCCCGGGUUACCCUGGAGGAAACUGGGACCUUUCUCAUAUGUAACCUUGGCAUACUUGAUUCCUAAUAUCACAUAUGUUUAACUGUACAGUACAUCACUGUUAAUCUUGUAACUAAUUUCUUAACCUUUAACCAUGGGUUAUACAUUAUUUUGUUAUAUCGCAAUGUGUGAUUUGAAAUUUUUUGUUUUAAUUAUUUUUAAUGAAGAACAUUCUAAACUUGAAAGGCCAUUGAAAGUAGUGUGAUGGGAAUGUGCCGUUUGCUGCUUUAGUGACCAGAGAUGCGGGGCUGGUGGGCAUUUAGAGCAGAAUGAAGUCAGGAUUGCGUGUGUCUUUCUUGGAAGGAGUUCUAACCUUGUAAAUCAAGACCGACUCCAGGGAAUUAUCUUUGAGAAGCACUGAAGUCCUCACCAGUAUAAACACUUAAAUACAACUUUUCUGGGUUUUUAUUUCAUUGUGAAGCCACGAAAGAUUUUUUUCAAAAAAUUUUCUUUGGAAUUUACUAUUUCACAAGGGCUAGUAAAAAAUAUUUAUUUACAAUAGUAAUGUCUCUUGAAAGAUACUUUCCAAUUUAUUUUCAGUGGUGACUUAAACAGUGUUGUACUGAACGGGACAGUGUCCCGUUCAGUAAACUGGUCAAGGUGCCAUGAGUUUGGGUGUCCCUCCUGGAGGGGUGCCCGCAUUCCUGGUGCAGGUUCCAGUCCUGUCUCAGGAUCCCGCUGUCCUGGGCUCCCACCUCGUGCAUUUCCCGACAUCCAUGUUCUCUCUGGCUUUGGUGUAUUUCACCCCCAACCCGAGUUGUUUCAGGUCAGGAGGUGACCACUGCCCUCUCAUCCCUCAAAUUUCUAUCUAAUACCACUGCCUGGAUUUCGAGGCAGAUUCACCCCAGCUCCUGUAGCUGAAUUUUGAAUGUAGAAUCCUGGGCGCCUGGCCAGCAGGAGCUGCCGGCUACUGGGGUGAGAGUGGGGGCUGAUGGUCAGAGUGGGACAGCAGACUGCCUCGGACCUAACACUGCGUCCUGUAGCCGGCAAAAUUAUUGCUGGAACCUAGGUGGCUUAGCUGCAGGCUGAAGUUCAGGCUUCCCUCAUCAUCCAGAUGCUGUUUUCAAAGGGCCCGCACUGUAUCUGUCACUGUCCGUGAGUGGUCAUUGUGUCCUCUGCUAAUAUCCUGUGACCAGAAUCAAAGAUUUUUGGCCAGGGGCUUCUGAGCCGCCUCAUAUGAACAGGAGGGGGCGCCCCAGGGCUGCUUGUUCAUAGAAAGGACACAGGGCGAAGUAGCCUCCAGGGCCACUGUGAAGCUGUCGUCCUGCUUCUGCAUGAAGGUUCCAGAAAUCGCUCAUCAGUGUCAGAUUAGUUUAUUCUUAUGAUGCCAUCCAGAUGGGUCUUCCAAUAUAUUAAUGAAGAGAUCUGAGAAUAAUAGACCAGUUUUAUGUUUUUCUUGGCAGAAGGCUUAGAAAAGCAUUUUGCAGUUCAUGUUAGAUUUGCAUGAUGUGUGAAAUUUGCUUAAAAGGGAAUUUUCACUAUUUGGGCUAGAUUAGUAUUAGUAUCUACUUUAAAAGAUAAUUAAGUUUGUUUAUUUCCAAAAUAAGAAAAAGAUGAAUAUGUGAAUUUUUAAGGCUGAGAGAUGAUGUUUCCAUAUUUUUCUGUAAAGAAAAUAAUUUUUUAAAUCUUUCCUAUCCUGUAGAGCAGACCAGCUUUACCCCUGUAAUAUGGUACAUUAUGUUUGCACUACUAGAAUGUCAAGGCUGAAAGUAUAAAAAUGUACAUAUAUGGUUAACUUUUUAUAUCCUCUUUUAAAAAGGGGUUUGAGUCUGUUGCACUAAGCUGCACAUGACUGGUUUAAUGUUGAGCUCUCACGCUGUUUACAAGUCCCCGCUGUUGGCACUUGUGUCUUUGUACGACCAACAGCGUGUGGCCGGCAGCACAAAACUCCAGCCUCGUACUGGCAGGUGAAGUUCCAAACAUACCAGCUGUGUAAAUGGCAAACAGGACUUUCGAGAAAGUGUACAUUGUAAUCCUGGAGCUCACCACACACUAAGAAACUUAAGAAAUAGGAAAACAUGUAUUUGGGAAGAAAGUUUAGGGACUUAAGUAGUUAUAUUUUUCUAUUUAAAAAAGUUAAAUUAUUGUAUAAGGAGGAAGUUGUUUUGAAUGUAGGACAAAGCUAUUUCAAAGAUUUUUGUUUGAGAAAAUGAUGUAUUUUGUGCCUUAAUAUUUGUUCUGACUUUUAAUAA